AUGAGUUACUCUAAGUUUGAUCUUACGUUUAAAAUUGGGCAGUAUUUGGAUCGACAUUUAGUCUUUCCAUUACUAGAAUUCUUAGCCGCUAAAGAGACAUAUGACCAAUCUGAACUUUUACAAGCUAAGUUAGAGAUUUUAAGCAAAACUAACAUGAUCGAUUAUGUGAUCGAAAUAAGAAGUAUGCUUUACCCCGACGACGACACACCAGAGGAAAUUAAAUCUAGAAGAGGAGUAGUAUUAUUGCAACUGCAAGAGCUCCAAGAUGCAGUGGAACCAGUUUUAAAACUGAUGCAGAGAGAUGAUGUUAUGAAGACUGUAGAAACUAUGAGGGAUCCCAAAACUCUUAUAAACUACCUGACCACCAAUAAGGAAUUUGAUUUCAAAAUAGAGAUGAUAGACAGUAUGUAUCGUCUAGCUAAAUAUCGGUAUGAGUGCGGUAAUUAUGUGGAAUCAGCAUCAUACCUAUACUUCUGUCAACUGGUUCUGUCACCCACUGAUAAGAAUUAUCUAUCGGUACUCUGGGGUAAGUUAGCCAGUGAGAUUCUGGUCCAGAACUGGGAUGGUGCUCUCGAUGAUUUGACCAAGUUGCGUGAAUUCAUCGACAACGGUGGUGGUGGCGCCACCGUCAACAACAUGCAGGCCCUGCAACAGCGAACCUGGCUCGUACACUGGUCACUGUUCGUGUUCUUCAACCACGUCAAAGGCCGCGACCUCAUCAUUGAAAUGUUCUUAUACAAACCAUUGUAUCUAAACGCCAUCCAGACGAUGUGUCCCCACAUCCUCCGCUACUUGGCAACUGCUGUUAUCAUAAACAGAUCGCGCCGGAACGCUCUUAAGGAUCUGGUGAAAGUAAUUCAACAAGAAGCAUAUACUUACAGAGACCCAAUCACUGAAUUUAUUGAGCAUCUCUAUGUCAAUUUCGAUUUUGAAGCAGCUCGCAGGAAAUUAAACCAGUGUCAAGCGGUUCUUCUCACCGAUUUCUUCUUAAUAGCGUGCUUGGAGGAAUUCGUAGAGAACGCCCGUCUCAUGAUCUUCGAGACUUUCUGUCGUAUUCACCAAGUCAUCAGUAUUGGAAUGUUAGCCGAGAACCUCAACAUGCAGCCAGACGAGGCUGAGUGUUGGAUUGUAAACUUGAUCCGCAACGCUCGUUUGGAUGCUAAGAUUGAUUCGAAGUUGGGUCACGUGGUGAUGGGAGCACAGCCUCUGUCUCCGUACCAGCAGCUGGUGGAGAGAAUCGACUCGCUCGCCGUUCGUUCCGAGGCAUUGUCGUCACUCGUAGAAAGGAAACAGAAGACACGCAACCAAGACAAUAUACAUUUUGACUGUGUGCUACAGCACAUUGAAAUAUUCAUGUCAUAUGCAGGUGACUGGUGUACUAUCACCAAAAAAGAGAUCCGCUGGGGAGCUCAAGAGUUUUAA